UGAUAAUAAUAAUAAUCAUACACAAUAUCAAGUCUUGAACAUUUGAAUAAAACAACCUACUGCCGUAGGUGUUAUUUGAUACUUAAUUGCGUGGUAAAUGAAUAAAACGGAUGAUGACAGAGAUGUAAAAAUAAGUAAAAAAUUAUCGUACUUAUUGAGACAUGGUGCAAAAAAUGAAAGUCUGCCUAUAACUGCUGAUGGUUUUUGUGUACUGAGUGACGUUUUAUCGAAGUUAAAAGGUGUUGAGAUAAAAGAUAUUGAACGUAUUGUUAAGAACGAUCAUAAACAAAGAUAUACACUGAUAAAAGAUGGAUUUCUAAAAAUAAAAGCAAAUCAAGGACAUUCUAUAGCUGAUGUUAAUAAUCUGAGUUUGAAACCAAUUACAAUAAAUCCUGACUUUGAUAUAAUACAUGGUACUUAUUUUAAAUAUUGGAAUAAAAUAAAAGAACAAGGACUAUCGCGUGUUAAUAGAAAUCAUAUUCACUUCGCAAAAGGUCUUAAUUUUUCUUGUGGAUUGAGAAAUAGUGCUGAAAUAUUUAUUUUUAUUGAUUAUAAAAAAGCUACUGACAAUGGUUUACAAUUUUUCGAGUCUGAAAAUGGUGUUAUUCUCAGUUAUGGCAAUAACAUGGGUAUUAUUGAACCAAAAUACUUUUUAAAAGUAACUGAUAAAAAUCAAAAACUUAUUUAUUAA